AUGGAAGAUCUAAAGAAAACAGUUUUGAAUGUUUCGGAAAUGUUUACUACAAAGAUGGAGCAAUUUCAACAGCGUUUGGAUAAGGCUAGUAAGGUUUCACCUACAGAAUCUAACACUUCGAUCGCUAUGGAGUUUGAAGCUUUUAAGUCAUCUAUACUUUUUUGUCUACAAAACCUACAAACUCAGGUCGAAAUGUUGUUCAGGAUGCAAGAUGACUUGGAAAUGCGCUCUAGGCGUAAAUUCCUUCUACUGCAUGGCGUCAACGAAUCCAAGGAUGAGAACCCUACCUCCGUUGCUAAAAUGUUAUCAGUGCUUCUUAAGUGCCCUGAUCUUGCAGCGGACAGUUUAUCUAGAUGCCACAGAUUAGGUACUCGAAGAGAUACUAAACCUCGGCCAGUGCUCAUCAAGCUUCGACAACAUCAGGUGAAGGAACAAAUCUGGUCUUCCAAGACCCAUCUUAAGGGUACUGGUAUAACUCUGUCCGAGUUUCUCACAAAAGGUCGGCACAAUAUAUUCAUGGCCGCGAGGAAGCAGUUUGGCGUUAGUAACUGUUGGACUCGUGACGGGAACAUAUACGCCAUUCGUCCUGAUGGGGAGCGUUGCCGUAUAAACGACAUGAAGGAUAUCAUCGGUAGUGCUUCUGAAGACGAGCCGACGGCGACAACGAGUGCACCAUUGCCACAGCCGCAAAAGGAUAAAGGUCGCAAGAAGGCCCCAAAUAAGGGGCAAUAA